CUCAUGCAAGCCACAAUAUGCAAGCAAUGAAGACUCAAGGUGUUCUGCUUCUGCUACUUUUGCUGUUGUGUGCUGUGUCCACCUGCUGGGGACAGCAAGUGAUCUGCUUGUCCCUCACUCCCCCCACCAAUGGGGUCAUCUCCUACUCUGAUCCAACACUGGGCGAUGGUACUGUGGCCACCUAUGCUUGUAACACUGGCUACACUCUCAGUGGAGUCAGCAGCACCACCAGGACUUGUGGGAGUGAUGGAGUGUGGAGUGGGUUCGCUCCAAAUUGUCAGCCUGACUGCCCUGACUUACCCUCACUGAACAACGGGAUGAUUAUGUACAGUGCUGGAUUCCCUGACAACAGACCUUUCAUAUCUACAGCUACACACUCCUGUAACACUGGCUACACUCUCACUGGAGGUACCACCAGGACUUGUCUGAAUGGAGGGAGUUGGGAUGGGUCACCUCCAACUUGUCAAGGAGCUUGUUUUGAUUUACCACCACUAAUGAAUGGAGGCAUUACUUACACUGAUGGACUUGUUGACAGCAGACCUAUUAAUACAAUUGCUACCUUCACUUGUGACAAUGGCUACACUCUCACUGGAGGGGGUUUCAGAGCUUGUCAGAAUGAUAGGACCUGGAGUGGAACAACUCAAACCUGUCAAUUAACCACUGAACCACCCACCACCUGUCCUGACCUCACUGUACCUGCCAAUGGAGUGAUCAGCUACAAUAUGGGGACAAGACCAGUGGACACUGUGGCCACUCACACCUGUGACACUGGCUACACUCUCGAUGGAGGUAGCACCAGGACGUGUGGGAGUGAUGGAGUGUGGAGUGGGUCAGCUCUAACUUGUCAAGCCACCUGUCCUGACCUCACUGUACCAGCCAAUGGAAUGAUCAGCUACACUCCAACCUCCAUCCCCAGACUCCAGGGAACAGUGGCUACACACAGCUGUGACGAGGGGUAUAGACUGUCUGGUGGGAUAGAGAGAAUGUGUCAGUCUGACAGAACGUGGAGUGGAGUGAUCAUCACCUGCCAACAAUUACUUCCUGUCUACGUCUCCUUGGGAUUCACCAACUAUGCUGCUAUGAACUCACAGGUUGCCAUAGACACCAUCGGGGAGACUGAUGAUGAGGCGCUUAUCUGCAAAACGGACAAUGCUCGGUGUUGUCGCGGAAGCGAUGGUCUUGCAGCUGGAGAGUGGAGGUUUCCCAAUGGAGACGUUGUUCCCAGACGUGCUGAUUUCGACACCUCUGUUCCUUUUGUCUCCUCUCGAGAUACAGGUGCACUCAGACUCCAUCGUCGAGGGUCUGUGUCAGGCCCCACUGGCUCCUACUGCUGUGUGAUUCCUGACAAUACUGGAGUAGAUGUGACAUUCUGUGUGCAGUUAGUGACUGGAGUCAUCACAGUCAUCACUACCUCUCCCCCCACUGCAACCUCUACUGAUGAGAGCUGUCUCUGUCAGUGUCCCCAGAGUGACAGCACUGGUGCUGUGGUGGGAGGAGUGGUGGCCCUGGUAGCAGUGAUUGCAGUGACUGUAGUGAUGGUGACCUACCUAGUGCUCCGGUACAAGAGAGGAGGGAAAAUGACUGUUCCUCGAGAUAUCUCCCUUACUGACCAGGGUCAAAGUGCAGCUGCUACCUACGAGACCGUCCCUGCCACUUAUGAGGAGAUCCCAGCCUCUAGAGAGGUCAAAGGUGACUACAGCUACACACAGAACAAUGCCUACUCGACUGUGAGUGGGCGUGAGGCUCCUGCUGCUGAAGGAAUAUAUGAUAACUGAACUAUCACAUGACUCCAUUUCUCAUUAAAUAUCACGUUUAAUUUGUAUUUUUUUAGUUGAUGCAGAGCAUGUAGAUAUUAUAUUUUA